CUUCUCAUAGCCAAUUUCCAAUUAACUUUCACCUUCAGCAUCCCCUCCACCCCCAGCCCCCUUCCAGCCCCCAAGGGAAUGGACAAAGGAAAACAAUGUACAAAACAACUGCAAGAUGGGGCGGGGGUGAGGUCCUCCUGAUCUUCUUCUGAAUGUCUGCGGCAACAAAGAUGGCACCAACUGAUAAAGUGUUUUAAAACAGCACCUGGAGCCUUAUCUCACCAUCCCCUGGGGUCCUGCCUCCCCAGCUGUCAGGAAGGUUGAUGUGUCCUGGCCUUGGUGGCUGUACAUUCCACAGGACAGUCUGCACAAGGUGACAUACAAAUGGCUGAGCUAUACACUAGGAGUUCAUGUUAAUCAGGCCAAACAGAUGCUGUAUGAUUAUGUUGAAAGGAAGCGAAAGGAAAAUUCAGGAGCCCAACUGCAUGUCACUUAUUUAGUGUCUGGCAGUCUCAUUCAGAAUGGACAUUCCUGCCACAAGGUUGCAGUAGUGAGAGAAGAUAAAUUGGAAGCAGUGAAGUCCAAGCUAGCUGUGACUGCCAGUGUACAUGUGUACAGCAUCCAGAAAGCCAUGCUAAAGGACAGUGGGCCUCUGUUCAAUACCGACUAUGACAUCCUUAAAAGCAACUUGCAGAACUGCAGCAAGUUUAGUGCCAUCCAGUGUGCAGCUGCCGUCCCUAGAGCUCCUGCUGAAUCCUCAUCUUUUGAAAAGUUUGAGCAGUCAGAUCUUCCGGUAUCACCUGAGCCACAAGCUAGUAAUGAGUUGACUACCAAUGGUCAUGGCCCACCUAUCCCCAAACAGAGUUCCCAGCAGCCCAAAGGAAUCAUGGGCAUGUUUGCUUCUAAAGCUGCUUCUAAAACCCAAGAUGCCAACAAGGAAACCAAAACAGAGGCUAAAGAAGUAACGAAUGCAUCUUCGGUAGGCAACAAGCCACCAGGGAAAGGGAAUGCGAUAAGCAAUUUUUUUGGAAAAGCUGCUAUGAAUAAAAUUAAAGUCAAUUUGGAUUCAGAACAAGCAGUGAAAGAAGAAAAAAAAGUGGAGCAACCUCCACUGUCUGUCACUGAACCAAAGCUGGCAGCCCCUGUGGGCCUGAAGAAAUCUAGCAAAAAAGCAGAGCCUGUUAAGAUGCAGCAGAAGGAAAGAAAAAGGAGGAAGCAAGUGGAGGUAUCUGAUGAUGAGACAAAAGAAACUGAAAACAUGAAGAAAAAGAGGAGAAGAAUCAAACUUCCUGAGUCUGAUAGCAGUGAAGAUGAAGUCAUACUAGACUCUCCUGGGGCUCAUGAAGCUGAGUCACCAUCCCCACCUCCUCCUGCUUCUCCAUCUCCUGAACCAGUGCCGAAGACUGAGCCAGAGCCUCCUUCUGUCAAGGGCUCAAGUGGAGAAAACAAAAGAAAACGAAAACGUGUGCUAAAAUCUAAAGCCUUUGUGGACGAGGAGGGCUGCAUAGUAACUGAAAAGGUCUACGAGAGUGAAUCCUGCACAGAUAGUGAAGAAGAGCUUAAGAUGAAGACUUCCUCUGUACAUAGGCCUCCCACCAUGACUCUGAAAAAGGAACCCAAAGAGGAACGAAAGGGCCCAAAGAAAGGAACUGCUGCUCUGGGCAAAGCCAAUAGACAAGUGUCCAUUACUGGCUUCUUCCAGAGGAAGUGAACUGCCAUCUCUGUUAGGUCCAGAGAUGUGGAGUGGUCAAGGGACAAGACCAAGACAUACAGACUCUCACUUACUGUGUAAGUUCAUCCAGUACCUCACCUCAUCUUUAUCAAAAGACUGUUUUUCCAUCCUGUGAGGUUUAUACAGCUUCUGGUUUUCAACAAAAAGGAAAUCACCUGGAAGCAAGAGGCAAAAGAAUAUUUCAAAAGCUGUUAUCUUCCAACAUUUUUUAAGCACAAUUUUGACCUGUCCAGGAGAAGAAUUCAUUCCAAAAAUAAAUUGGAACAGGUUUCAGAAUUAUCACUGAAGCCGUUAGUGGCUGAUCCACUGUGCCCUACCCACCCUGUGCCCUUAUCCAUCCAUUUAUGGCUCAGGAAGUGAUCCUCUGUGUUCUUUUGUAUUUUGUGGACUUGUGUGGGUAUUCUUUUAUGCCUGAAUUUUACUGGAUGUGUUUACCACUUCCCCAUCCUCCCUUCCCCACUACCAAACUUUUGUGUGAAGCAUUUUCUGUAAGUCUUUUAAAUCUUGGUUGGACUAAAGGCUGAAACAAAAAUCUCCCGGUAAUCCUCUUUUCCUUCAUUAUGAAGUACACUGACACCUGGCCACAGACCAGCACAUUACUUGUGUUCUAGCCCUUUCACAAAAGCUCUUACUCUUGAGCCCUUUAUUCGCAAUUAGUGGUUAGGGAAAAGCCUCAGGCAGAGCACAAAUAGAAAUGUAAUGAUGUAUUCAACCCCACCAGAAAUUACUUAGAGUCAACAUUGAUGACAUUAGAGGACUUGUCAUGUUGCUGACACAGGCUGUGCUUUAUACUACACUUUGUGAUUUUUGUCUCCUCCUCUCUCUCCCUUUCCCACUCUCAGUACCUAGAGAGGGAAACCCAUACAGUGAAAUGAAGGCUAAAAAGAGAAGUCCCUUCUUACAUGCAAUGUACAACAGUUAAGUAAAAUUUCUCCUUUUCAAGGAAACUGAAUGUUAGAAACAACAAUUUUCCAGGAAGGUAAUGAGGAAGAGGUAAAGCACAUUGUCUAUUGAUGCUGCUCCUCUGUAUUUUUAACUUCCUCACAUGCUUAGAAGUACAGGCUCCCCAAGAAGAGAUGGAGAGACUGAGUCAUUGGUAGAUCUAAACAUUUUCAUUUGUUACUUAUGGAAAAUCAUUUAUUCCAGUGAUAACUUGGAAGCACCUUCCUUUAUGGCUGGACAGUGAGCUCAGGGGAUGGAGGUGGUGUGGCGGUGACCUUGCACAGUGAGCUCUGGGGAAAGGAACACAGGCUCAGCUGCUGGAGUGACUCAUGACUUAACAGACGAGGGACGUCUGACUUCUUGUUCCUUCUGCCUUCGCCUGGUGUAUGUCGUAAGUGAUGCAGUCAGCCGUCUACUGUUUAAGGUUAGGAUUGUGACUGACCUUAGAUUAAUAGGAGCUUCUUUAGCAACUGUCACCCAGGGCCCUCCAGCCAGGCACCCCAUGGACUUGAUUAAAACCAGAGGUUUGGGAGAUUAGUCCCAGCAUUGCAUUACGUCUACAACUUGAGAAGGCUGAGGCUUUGUGCAGCAAGCUGAGUAAAGGUUGACACAUUCCAAACUCCUUUCUUUUUUAAAUGUAAAAGGAUGGAGAGAAGGGUGGAAAGGCUGGAUUUAACUUUCCAAAAAACUUCUGGAGAGGAAUCCCUUUUAAAUGGUUAUUUUCGCCAUUGCCUCUAGUCAUUUUUCUAAAUAGAAAUGGAAAAUUAAAGAAAAAAAAAGCAACAAUCCAGCCUUUUAAAAAAAAAUUAUCAUGCUGGGAUCUCUAAUUAAAUCACAUUUUGAAUUGGAAAACUCUGGUGCUGGUGGAGUUCUGUCUUUGCAAGCAUAAUGCAAAUCCUGUGGUCACUGUGCCCAGUAUGCUGCCUACACUCUGAGCCGUCUGCAAGGCUUAUUGAGUAGUAAGUGCUGGCUGUUUCCUUUUUGUAAAAAAAAAAAAAAAAAAAAACUCUACCAUGUUAUCCACAUGAGUUAAAUAAAUUUGAGAAGUUGUUUUAAAACAGUGCUUCAAACUGAUUGUCUGAUGAAUCUGUUACUUGACAGGAUGGCAACAGUGUAUGCAGUUAUUUAAACUCUGAACAGGAACAAGGCUGGUUUUCAGUUUAUAUUGUUAAAACUGCAUACCCAUAGUCUGAGAUGGACAAGUUAUUUGCUGUCUUCAUCAUUUUUUCAGUCCUGUGGGAAAUCUUAGAUUCAGCCAACCUCAUUUUUUAGUUCCUUUAGAAGAAAAUCUAGUCCUGAUCUUGCACAUUGUGUUAGUCUGGCUUCACCACUUGCUGGCUCUGUGACCUUGGGCAGAUUUCUAAACCUCAGAUUCUUUAUCAAAAUAGAGCUCAAACAAGUUACCAUGGGCCACCAAGAGUGAAGUAAUGUGUAUACAGAAUAAAUUCGGCACACGUAGGUGCUCUGCAAAUGAUGGCUUUCUUCUUGAUGUCAUAAAUGAUGCAGUCAGCCACCAACUUCCUGAAAUGUUAUCAAGGGUAUGACCCAGAUGUUACACUCUUUCAAAAUAUUCAUUCUGGCUGUCAGUGUGGUCAAAGAGGGAAGAUAGUUACCUUAUUUUAUGAAAGGUUUUAGAGAGUAUAUUUUCUUAUUGAGAGAAAGUGAGAUUCGUAGAUGGCUAUAUUUACUAUUCAUUAAAACAUUUAUUGCGUA